AUGGACUCUUACGACCCCAACUUCAACCCCGACACGUACGACCCGGGAGCUCCUCCACCGGCGUACAACGAUCCCGAUAUGGGCUACAUUCACGAUGACCAACCCCCACCUGUACCGGCAGAUCCUUACGACCCGGCUGCCCCUGGAGUCGACGCAGGUGUCUACGACGAUGCUCCUCAUCCUGGCUACGACGAUGACCCGGAUCACGACGUUGUCUAUGGCGACGAUGAUCCCCGCUAUGGAGCGUAUCCUGAUGGGGAUGUCCCUCAUCACGUGGGUGGAGAGUACGAACCGGACGAAAAUGGAAACUACGGCGAUGGAUUUGACGAUGACGACGAUGUAUACCUCGAUAAUACUCAACGAAAUCAAAGUAUCGGGAACGUCCAAGCCAAAGACGGAAUGGGAGAAGUCUUUUGGAGAAACUGCAUCGGUUGUUGCACUUGCCUAUUUCUCCUUUGUGGUCUCAUUAUUCUCGGAGUAAGAAUCGGCGAAAUUAGUGAAGAAGAUGCUAAAAAGACGCAUGUCGUCAUCCAUGGAAAAGUCGGAUUGAUCCCUCCUCCCAAAGAUUUGGCCAUCAAAUGCACCCACGAACGGGUCUUGUCCGAAAAGGGAUUUUACGAGUGCGAACAAUUGUGCGAAGUCGCCGAUUGCUGCAAUUAUCCAACCACCUUGGCACUCUCCUGUCUCGCGGGAAACGACGACGAAUGUCUCGAAUACCAUCAGCACUGCAAUGUCCUCGACUUGGAUACCGCCACCAUUCUCAAUCCACCUCCCACGCCGCCCGCGUCCAGUGUUCCCGAAGCACCCAAGGAUAUUGAAAACAAAUGCAAUAUUGAAUCUCUUCGGACCGUGCCCGGAUUUGAAGGAUGUGUCAAUGAUUGUAUGCAGGCCGAAUGCUGCUGGAAAAAGGAUGGCAGUGUGCAUCCCUGUACUUCCCUCGCGGUCUGUUCGGGAUACGCCUCGUGCUUGACCAUGGAUGUCACGGAUCACGUCAAUAUCGACAUCAACAGAGAAAUACAAGACAAGUGCGCCGAUAGCAAAUUGUCUACUGAAGUGGGACGCAAUCAGUGCAUCUUUGCCUGCUCCCAUGCCGCAUGUUGCUUUGAUCCCGGGGCCACUUGUCCCCACCAAGAUGCUAGAUUCUGCAGUCAGUACCAAGCGUGUCAAAAGAUUUUUGAUGACAAUGGGCAAGUCAUUCAAGGAGGAUCCGCUGCAGCGGCGGCAGCACAAAUUCCCGUCGCACCGCAAUUCCUCGAUACCGCAUGUUCCAAGAGCAGUCUCGAUACUCUGCCGGGAUACGAAAUGUGCCUCGGGGCGUGUACUGAAGCCGAGUGCUGCUGGAAAAAUGACGCCAAGUGUUUAGGGGAAUCGGCAUGUGAUGGAUAUCAUCACUGUGUCAGUUUGUUGGAUCAAGGUGCCACCAGUGCACCCGAGGCUAGUUCCAUCCCCGCGGCACCGCAAUAUCUGGCGGCGGCAUGUUCGUCAGCCAGUCUGGAUACCAACGCCGGGUUCCAAAUGUGUCAGGACGCCUGUAUGAAGGCAGAGUGCUGCUGGAAGGUAACAUCGUGCAGUGAAAAGGCUGAGUGUUCCAGUUAUGCCACGCACUGUGCCAACCUGGUGGCGCGAUUGGACCAGACCAAUGCCCCAGUCGACGCGGUGCUCCCUGAAGCACCCCAUGAUUUGGAUCAAACGUGUGCUGCCACCACGGUCUUGGCUCCUUCGGGAUUCAGCAAGUGUCAGACCGAGUGUGAAAAGACGGAAUGCUGCUGGAAGGCGGGGGCACCCGAUUCUUGUGUUGCCAACUCUGGAUGUCAACCGUGGGCGCCGUGCACUGUCAUGAAUGGAGCGCAAGAUCCCACAGCCGCAGCCGCUCAGGACUACACCAUUGAACAGGUGUUUGAUGCCUGUCUCAAUCACGACAACAAUGUUGGCAAAAAUCAUACCAGUUUGUGCCAAGUGGUGUGCCAGGCCGGAACCUGUUGCUUUGACGAAUCCAAGGAUUGCCCCACCACGAUUGAUUGCAAGGUGUUUGAACCCUGUCAAGUGUUGCACAAGGAAAAGGCAACCCAAGUGGAAACUGCUUGCGGUGGUGACGAUUUGGCCGAAUGCGUUGGCGUGUGUGCUGCUGCCACCUGUUGCUUUACCAAUGAUAUUGCGAAAAUCUGUGACAUUACUUCCCCCGAUGUCGUUUGCCGUCAAUACAAAGCUUGUGAGAUUCUUUACAAGGCCGAACUCUCCAAUCCGUAG